AUGGACACUGGCGGUCUUGCUCAAAUGACUUAUAACAACAUGUCCCUCAACACCUCUUCUCUCGGCGUUCCCGGAUCCGGAUUUGCUUCUCGUGGUAAAGGUUCUCAUAUCAAACGUCUCAGCGUCCCGCACCCAUCUAAGCUUGACCAACGAGAUGAUGCUCAUGGAUCCGUCUCAACUCCACGCACAAGCCGCUCUCACCUGCUUGCUGGGUUGAGGACUGCCCCCAAACAGCCUACCACUCCAUCCACCGCUCCCCUGAUGCAGGAACACCCCCAUCAGAAUGGCUUUGGCGGGAUGCAAAAUUAUAGCAACCACUCCAACGCGUACCUCGGUGGGGUUCCCCAGACGGCUACGGGAGUGUCGUUCAACCACUCAAAGUCGUACAGCAGCGGAAGCACUGCCCAGACCUACGGUCAGAUGUACUCUCUCCCCGAACACGUCCUAGCUCCCCCGGCUCUCGACCAUAUUCUCGAAGAAAAUGGUGAGCCCAUGGAUGAGGCCUUGUAUGCAGAGCUAGUCUCUACCAACUUGUACCUCGCCGCCCAGCAGCAGCGUCUCCAACAGCAACUUGCCAGCGUUACUGCUGCUGCUCAACAGUUCCAGGCACUUCACAUCGGAACUCCUAUGCAUUCCACACAUGCACAGGCCCUUCAGCAGCAGCAACAACAGCAGCAGAUUUUGUCUGCAUUGCCUACCAUGGGAUUCUAUCAACAGCAAGCCCAGCAUGGAAUGCAGCCCGUUGUGCACCCCGUUCCCGGCAAGCCCGGCAUGUUCUCAGUGUUCAACCCAAUGACUGGGCAGCAGAGCUACGUGGUGGACAACAGCGUCUAUGAUGACGUUCCAUUGUCCGCUGCACCAACCGCGUCAACCUACGAAGACCAGAUUCGCUCUCCGGUCGAGUCCCACGCAACCAACGGCGGCUUCCAUGCACACUCAAACGGCAACUCAAACGGCCACGCGAACGGAAACACGCACUCGAUGUUCCGUGCCUCCGCUCGUGUCUCUCCACCUCCAGCGGAAUCCCGCCAGUCUCCCAUCCGCCACCACUCUUCAACCCCGUCUACCCGCAACCCCACACCUCCUCGCGAGGCUCAGUCUCAAAUGCACCCCCAGCAACAGGCCCGUCAAUCCCCUCCGCUUCAGUCUCCUGCUCCUGGUAUCAAGCGUGAUCACAAGAAGUCGCUGUCUUUGGCCGUCAAGCUUAUUAACGAGACCACUCGAUCUAGCAACAAUGGCUCCUCCACCCCCAAGUCAGCGAUGUUCCCACAGACUCCUGCUUCCGCGGGACCUGGCACCUUUGGACCCGGUCAAAACCGCGCUGGAGAGCAUGCAAUCCGUCAACCCCGUGGGCCACCACCGCUUGAGGAGCUCGUCGCCAAGCCAACAACUAAGCAUGAGGGAAGCAAGAACUUUGCUACCCGUCAACGCCGUAGGGCAGUUCACAGUCUUGUACGUGCUAGACUAGAGCGGAACACCUCCACUUCCACGUCAAACGGCAACUCACAUAGCACAGGCAGUGUGACUCCUUCCAGUGAACAUGGAAAUGAGCAAGAUGGCGAUGGUGAAUUCUCCUUCUCGCCAUCCGACGGUGAUGCCGAUAGCAGCUCCUCCCUAUCUGGCAGACGAAGCUUAGGAAGCUUACGUGCUGCUGCUAACGGAGCCAUCGGAUCAGAGAGAAAACAAGUUGUGGGCGGUCCCAACGGCGGAGCUGGGGAGCUCGACGCAGGCCGUAGGAAGAUGCCGAUUAUGGUUCUUUCCAAUGCGGAGAAAAGAAAGAGCACGGUUAUGUAA